CCUCCUCCUCCUCCCCCUGGCCCAGGCGGGGGCUGCCCGCGGCGCCGGGGCCACACAAAGCGGCGAGCGGCGGUGCCUCCGCGCCGCCCGUCCGGCGACAGCCGCGCCGGCCAUGGAGCCGCCCGUGCCGCCUCAGGAGCAGCCGCCGCGCCCGCGCUCGCACACGGUCACCACCACCAGCAGCUCCUUCACCGCCAACCUGUCGGCCAGCUCCAGCACCCUCGCCUACGACAGGGAGUUCCUGCGCACCGUGCCCGGGCUCCUCAUGGUGACCGAGAUUGUGCUGGGGCUGCUGGUGUGGACCCUGAUUGCUGGAACAGAAUACUUUCUCUAUCCAGCCUUUGGCUGGGUGAUGUUUGUAGCUGUGUUUUACUGGGUUCUCACCGUCUUCUUUCUGAUCAUCUACAUGACAAUGACCUACACCAGGAUCCCGCAGGUGCCAUGGACCAUGGUGGGUUUGUGUUUUAAUGGAAGUGCCUUUGUUUUGUAUCUCAUUGCUGCCAUUGUAGAUGCAUCUUCAGUUACCAAAGAUCUGGACAGUCACAAUUACAACAGCUGGGCAGCUUCUUCAUUCUUUGCCUUUGUGGUUACCUCCUGCUAUGCUGGAAAUACGUAUUUCAGCUUUAUAUCCUGGCGAUCACGAACUUUGCAGUAAAUACUUUGUUAAAGUGAAUUAUGUUGUGUAAAGUCCUUUGAGGAUUAUUAAUUUUUGAGAAAAGCUUGGAAGAGGGGUGAGGUAUUUUUGAACAUUUCUCCUAGAAUUGACACGAUAUAAACUGAGAUCAGUUGAUUAUUUAUAAUAAUGCCAUCUUUAGAGACAUUUUUAACCUGAGUUUGUACUAUAUAAUAAAAUUUCAUACUGCUUUUUUUUAAAAUUAACAUAGUAUUUUUCUAGACAUUGUAUAGUUGUUACUGCUAGACCUUUAAAAAAUCUUACUCAAUGUGCCAUGUAUGUGAAUGUAACUUUUUAAAUGUUACUGUUAUACUUUUGAUACUGAAGGCUACCAAAACUAAGAUUGAUAUUGUAUCAUUAUUAUGUAUGAAAAAGUGACAUUGUGCAGAAAAAAACCCACCUGAAAGUUUAAAAAAUAAAUAAAUAAAUGAUCCAACUGUACAUGUUUUGUA